AUGGAGUACCUUGACAGGAAUUUAAGCUACCAUCCACAGGAUGUUUCUCGGGCUGCCAAACUUCUUCUGGGAGGUGCAGUUCUGGAUAAGGCUUUACAGCCCCAUGAGUCACAUAUACCAUUUCUUCUGCAGUUCCUCGUUGACUAUAACUUGUCUGGCAUGGGUCAUUUACAUUUGUCAAAGAUUAAAUUCCGCCAACCAGUACCAGAUGUUUUCAUUCCAAAGAAAACUAUUAACAAUGGACAACAUAUGCAACAGACAGAUAAACCCACUUGCAUGUCUGCUGACUUUCAGGCAGAUUCCUGUGGUGAUGACUUUUUAGCUUCAUCAAUCUGGAUAUCCUCUUCAAUUCCAGAUGGUUGGACUUGGGAAAAUUCUAGUCAACUUGAUCCUUCAGCAUAUCAGGAAAUUCCUGUUGCUAAACGACAAAGUAUCUGUGAACUUGAGGGAGAUGCUGCCGUAGAUGAGAUCCUCAAUCAGCAGUUUAAAUUGUACUCAUCUCUCUCACAAACACGUUCAGAAGUUAGAAUGGUUCAAUCACUUAUACCAAUUUGGGAGGAGGAGUUCAAAAGAACUGGGAUGCAUGAGGAUGCCGUACAUUCUGACCCUGGAAGACCACUUCCGGAAGAUGCUUUGAGGACUCUCUCACCUGAGCUUGAAUUUGAGAACAAACUAAAAGAAUUGUGCAGAGAUGCAGAAGAGUUGUCAUCUUGUACUCCCUUUCAGAAUGCAGCGAUGACUGUGCAGUCAAUUAAAUCCUCAAAUGCCGAGGGGAAUUUGGUGGAUUUUGGAGAGGUUAACCCUGCAAAUAAUGCAAGAGAACCUUUGAAGUGUUUGAAAGAAAGUGAAAAAAUGUUAUCGCAGGUUUUACCAUGUCGAGUUGAUGAGGGUAUGAUACCUGGUGAAGGGAGAGAUGCAAGUUCCAAGCAAUUGUCAGCUUGUGAAUUGCAAAUAGUGGAUACAAUUGGACCAGUGGAUAUGAAGGCUUCAGAUCAGGAAACCUUGAGGCUUCUAAAGUGGCUUGCAUCUUCUCAAGCUGCAGAAGAUAUAAACUCUGAUGAUGAGCUUGUUCGAGAUACCGUUUUGAGUCCCUUGUUGCCUGCAACAACCAUUGAUAAGAUUUUGGAGAAAGCUAAUAUGGAUUAUGAGAGUGAAUCUCUACAAGAGUGUCAGGACAUUCUCGAUUCUGUUGAAGAUAUUAUUGACUUUGAAGGUUCAAUGGGAAGGUCUUCAAAUUCAAGUGAUUGUAAUCAUCAUUGCCAAACUUCAUCAGAUGAAAAAAUUCCCCAAAUGGAUGGUUCUGGUGAUGGUCAAACCUUAAUUCCUUGUGCUUCUAAAUUAUCUAACAUAGAGAUGACCAAUGAAUCUGAAAAGUCUUUGCAAGUUUGGGUACAGCAUGAUAAUGCCUUGCGCUUUACCACUAAGCGGAAAAGGAAAAAACCAUUAUGGGGCUCUUUACCUGUUUCCACAACUCCGAAAGUGAAUGAUGACUUACAGCCUAUCAGUUUCAAUGUGAAUGGUUGCUGUGACAGUGAAACAAGAGGUGUCAUAGGAACUUGCUCUUGGGAGGGAACUGAGGUAGACAGAUGUUUGGAUGAUUUUUUUGGUGAUACAGAUAGAGAUGCGUGUUAUUUGAAAGAAGCAAGUACAAUGGCUGGAUGCUCCAUGCGGGAUCUGAUGAGGAGAAAGCGAUGCUGCCGUGUUGAGCUGCCUGAAUGUGAGACUCCCCAGUUCAGAAAGGUUCCUACUGAAGAGGACCUGAAGGAAGAUUCAUUUCUCUGUGCAAAAGGGAAUGUUGGGCAUGUUGGGCAAGAUAAAAGGCUUUUUGCUUCAUCCACCUCAAGUUCUGCUGUUAAACCUAACAGUUUUUAUUGUUCUAUGUAUGGUAAACUGCCUCUUUCCUCGAGGAGUGAUAGCUCAGUUCUUCAUUGUAAAGGACGUAAUGGAGAGGUCACUGGAGCAAGUACAGGAUCUAGAAACUUCAGAAUGUCUGGAUUUUCUCCACUGCAUACAGGAACUAAAGACAUUCCCCAGUUACAUAACUCUGAAAAUCAAAAGUCAUCAAUUUACAUGGGACAUAAAGAGAAUUAUAAUUCUGAAGAGUUUGAGGGCGGUGUGAAUUGUAGUAUACCUUUAACUUCUAAUGCUUAUGCUAGCAAACCUGAUUCUUGUGUUAGGCUGUCGAAGUUUGAUUCUGAGGGUGAAUUUUUGGGAAAUGAGAAGUUGCUACAGACAGAUUCUACUGAUUCCUGCUGUCUGUCUACUUAUCGGGUUGAAAGCGAAAUGUUUGAUAAAGAUGGUUGUAUAUCCAAAAGCGGCCAUGAGGGCAAAACCUCUAUGCAGAGAGUACCUGAAAUGUCAUCUGACAUUUUGAAAGGCAUAGAGGUGACAACUGGCUCAACUCAUUGGCAUGACCCUGUGGAACUCAUCUCCAUGACCUUCUGCAAGAAACCCCCUGUGAUAGAGUGGAGACAUGAUGGGCAUGCUUCAUCCUCAUCUGGAAUCCUUGAUCACCCUUCUGGGUAUAUCGGACGAACAUCAGGUCAGGGUGGAGUUGUAAAUGAAAGCCUUCCAUUUUUUGUGGGGGAUUGGCUAGAGGAGAAAGAUGUACAGAACACUGGCCAUAGAACAACAUUCUUGAACCAUCAUCAAAAACCUGUCAUGGGUGUCCCCACUCACUAUCAGAAUGAUGGCUCCUAUUUAUACAUGUUGACACCUGUGUUAUCACCCCCCUCCAUGGACAUUAUUAAUAGAUGGCUGUUGCUUGAUGACCCUGAUAUUUUGGGAGAGAACGUAAUGCCAAUGCCAGAGGAGCCUUCAUCACAAAAGGGCUCUUCUAGCAUCCUGGUAGACUCACAAGGUUCUCUGGCUGAUGCUUGUGAUGAACCUUCACCGGAACCUGGUUCUACAGCUGGUGUGAAGCCUGAAGUGGAUCAACUAAAUCAACUAGACCUACUAAGCCAUCGUAUGCAGCCUUCUCACAAUGAUGUGACAACAGUCCUGCAAAGUGAAUGUGAUACUUUGAAAGGGAAACAAUCCACCAGUUGCUCGCAAGAUGUCUCUCAGAUCUCUGGGCCUGAUGAGAAAUCAAAGCUGACUCCUUUAAGUCAAAUUGGAUUUAGAGAUCCUGCUAGUGUUGGUGGCGGGCAGCAGCUAACACUGUUAAGUAUAGAGGUUCAAGCAGAAUCUAGGGGUGAUUUACAACCUGACCCUCGAUUUGAUGCUAUCAAUUUUGUAGUUCUUGUUUUUCAGAAAGAUGACGAUUCCAUAUUUGACGCUUAUGUUCUUUUGUGUGGUAAUGUUGACUCUGUCAGAAGAAACCUUGAUGGCAUAUCUGGUUGCAAGUUGUUGGUUUCCUCUGAAGAGAAGCACUUGUUUAGCUAUUUCAUUGAUAUAAUUUAUUCUCUGGAUCCAGAUAUGUUAAUGGGAUGGGAUAUCCAAAGUGGUUCACUUGGUUUUUUGGCUGAAAGGGCCGCAUAUCUUGGCAUUGGUUUACUUAAUAAGAUAUCCCGGACACCCUUCGAAACCAAUGUAGCUUCUACUGAUAGGGUUACUCUUGAAAAAGGAACACCUAAUGAUGGGCUCUCGGAAUCUGUUAUUUCUGAUUCUGUUCUUGAAGCUGCAAUAAUUGAGGAUGAAUGGGGCCGAACUCAUGGCAGUGGUGUACAUGUUGGUGGCAGAGUUGUCCUCAAUAUUUGGCGAUUGAUGCGCAGUGAAGUUAAGCUUAAUCUGUACACAUUUGAAGCUGUAGCUGAAGCAGUUCUGAGGCAAAAAAUUCCCUUUAUUCAUUGCAAGGUAUUGACAAAAUGGUUUUCAAGUGGUCCUGGACGAGCAAGACAUCGAUGUAUUGAAUACAUGUUACAUAGAGCAAAUUUGAACCUCCAUAUUAUGAAUCAGCUUGAUAUGAUAAACCGAACAUCAGAACUUGCUCGGGUCUUCGGCAUUGACUUUUUCUCGGUUCUCUCUCGAGGGUCACAGUACCGUGUUGAAUCCAUGUUUCUCAGAUUGGCACAUUCACAAAAUUAUCUGGCCAUUUCUCCUGGGAUCGAACAGGUUGCUGCUCAGCCUGCAAUGGAAUGCCUACCCCUUGUAAUGGAGCCAGAAUCUGGUUUUUACGAAGAUCCAGUUGUUGUUUUAGACUUUCAAUCCCUUUAUCCAUCAAUGAUAAUCGCAUACAAUCUCUGCUUCUGUACUUGCCUGGGAAAACUUGCUCCUUCGAAGGCAAAUACACUUGGUGUUAGUUCCUAUUUACCUGAUUUAAAUAUUUUGCAGAUUUUGAAGCGCAAAAUUCUGCUUACGCCAAAUGGUGUUAUGUAUGUGCCCUCAAAGGUUCGUAAAGGUGUAUUACCUCGGUUGUUGGAAGAAAUAUUAUCAACUAGAAUUAUGGUGAAACAAGCCAUGAAGAAGUUGGAUCCAUCUCAGAAAGUUCUUCACCGGAUUUUUAAUGCGAGACAACUUGCAUUGAAGCUAAUAGCAAAUGUAACAUAUGGUUAUACAGCUGCUGGUUUUAGUGGUCGCAUGCCUUGUGCAGAACUUGCAGACAGUAUUGUCCAAUGUGCUCGCAGAACACUAGAAAAUGCUAUUUCAUUUGUUAACUCACACGAAAACUGGGAGGCUAAAGUUAUCUAUGGUGAUACUGAUAGCAUGUUUGUCCUACUUCAUGGACGCUCUGUUAAGGAAGCCUUCCGAAUUGGACAUGAAAUUGCUUCUGCAAUAACUGCAAUAAAUCCAAAUCCAGUCACAUUGAAAAUGGAGAAAGUCUAUCAUCCAUGCUUCCUUCUCACUAAGAAACGGUAUGUUGGUUACAGUUAUGAGAGCCCUGAUCAAAUCAAACCUGUGUUUGAUGCCAAAGGUAUUGAGACAGUGCGCAGAGAUACUUGUGGGGCCGUGUCCAAGACAAUGGAGCAGUCCUUGAAACUUUUUUUUGAACAUAAGGAUAUCAGUAAGAUUAAAGCAUACUUACUACGUCAGUGGACACGAAUUUUAUCUGGAAGGAUUUCUCUUCAGGAUUUUGUAUUUGCAAAGGAGGUGCGGUUAGGCACCUAUAGUACACGGGCUUCUUCGCUCCCUCCAGCAGCUGUUGUGGCCACCAAAGCAAUGAGAGCUGACCCCAGGGCAGAAGCACGGUAUGCAGAGCGAGUUCCUUAUGUUGUAGUCCAUGGUGAACCUGGUUGCCGUCUGGUUGAUAUAGUGGUGGAUCCACAAGAUCUUCUGGCCAUUGAUUCCCCUUUCAGAUUAAAUGAUUUGUAUUACAUAAGAAAACAGAUAAUCCCAGCUUUGCAGCGGGUAUUCGGACUUGUUGGAGCCGACUUGAACCAGUGGUUUUCAGGCAUUCCUCGUCCUGGACGGGAAGCUAUUGCUAAACGCCACUCACAUGCUCGCAAUCCGCAUCGAACCAGAAUUGAUUAUUACUAUCUCUCAAAACAUUGUAUCCUAUGUGGUGAGUUGGUCCAGGCAUCUGCCAAUUUAUGUAGUAAAUGUUCAAAGAAUACAGCUACUGUUGCAACAGCGGUUAUAGGAAGAACUUCAAAAUUGGAAAAGGAGAUCCAACAUCUUGAUGCUAUAUGUAGGCACUGUGGAGGUGGAGAUUGGCUUAUAGAAAGUGGGGUGAAAUGCACAUCACUUGCAUGCUCUGUGUUCUAUGAGAGGAGGAAAAUUCAGAAGGAACUGCAGUCACUUUCUGCUGUUGCUACAGAAGCCGGUUUCUACCCGAGCUGUAUGGUGGAGUGGUUUUGA